AUGGUAUGGUCAAUACCAGUCAAUACCAUAUGGUAUAGACUGGUAAUAACUGACAAAUUUUUUUAUGUCCAAAAAAUAUCAAAGUGGAUAUCAUUUUAAAGAGCACAAUUAAUCUGAUCUAACUGUGCAAAAAAAUUAAAUUCCGACUUAAAACAAGUGAGAAAUCGUCCGUUAAAGAUUAUGAGAAGGAAAAUUAAAGGGUUUUCGCAGAGAGAGAGAAGGCGCUGAUGUGGUCCGGUCAAAAGUCAGCGUUACCAAUAAAUAGAGCUAGGUGCAAUUUUACCUUAUUGUCCUUUCGCAUUUAAUUUAAAUAAAACAUCAAAUUACCAAAUACAUUACUUUACUUUAUUUAUAUUUAAUUAAUAACUUUAUUGAAUAGUUAAAUUAACCAAAAUUUUAAUUUAUAUCUUAUAUUAAUAUUAUCCAUGAUCUCAAUUAUUAAUUCUUCAUUGUUAAUAUUGACAUUGUGCUGAUUUUAUAUGUCAUAUUUACUUUUUAAUUUUUUUAAAGAACUUAGUGUUCAAAUGACCUUCAUGUUUCAAUUUUUUUAAAAUAUAUAAUAUCAAGUGAGUUUCAUGGUUUUUAAAUUACACUAUACGAAAUGAAAAAAAAAUUGUACCUAAGUUUAGGAUGCAAAACUUUAUUUUGAAAAACUAUUUAUUAUAUAAUAUAAUAAUUUUUCAAGUGGAGUAGGUGAAGUUCGGGUUGAGUCGAUCAGGUUACGAGUUAGUCGGGUUCGGGUCAAUCGGGUUCGAGUUAAUUGGGUUGCGGGUUUAAUCGGGUUCGGGUCAAUCAGGUUCGGAUUAAUCGGGUUGCGGGUUAGUCGGGUUGCGGGUUAAUCGGGUUGCGGGUCGGGCGGGUUACGGGUUGUUGACUUUUAGUCAAUUCGGGUUGCGGUUGGGUUGCAGGUCGGGUUGAUCGGGCGGGUUAUUCUGGUCGUGUUCUGUUUUGACACCUAUAAUAGAAACUGUUUUUUUGGCUCGCUUCGCGACAAUAAGAAACUGAUUAUAUCUAAAAUUUGGUCUACUCCUUUACUCAUUCAAUGAUUACUUUGAAAUCAAAUGAUUCACAAAAUAGUUCAAGUACAGAUAUCUUGAUAAUUUUUAUGUAGUUUCAUAAUCAUUACAGACGACUUAUGUAAUACAUUUGUUUAAGUGAUACUUAAGAAAUAACUACCCUUUAUAAUUCUUAAAUAAUAUAUUCAUAAUAUAUUAGCUUUAUUUAAUCCAUAUUAUAUUGGGUUGGUUGUUAUCAAUUGAGGAAAGUAGGAGAUGCUAUAAAUGCGUCCACAGGAAAUAAAACUCCAAUUAACAGUAACCCCUGUACUUACCGAUAAAAUCGUAAGGAAUAGUGCCGAAUACUUACAGUUUUAAUUGAUUGAUGAUUGAUUAGAAAACCAUCGUAUAUGUAGCAUUAAACUGAAAUUCAAUCAUAUUCAAUCAGCUUAACUGGCUUCAGACAUUAAAAAAUUGGGGGUGAACCUUACUAAUUCCUUUUUUAUAAUGCGCUUUCUGUUUAUUUUUUCUUCUAAGUUAUAUGAUCUAUUGAUCUUAAGUGUGAAACAUGCAAUAGAAAGAAGCCAACACCUACAGUCAAACUCUUGAAACUUACUAACUCACCUUCUAGUUUGCAACUUUGCAUGACAUUUUCUAGUAAAUGAGAGGUUAAACAUUUAUUAUCCUGACUGUAGUAUGGAUACUCAUCGCCAGUAGAGUCAGGAAUCAUGGCUGAGAUGGGAAUGUCUGUUGCACAAUACUCAACUUUUGGCUCAAUCAUGACACUUGGAGGAAUGUUGGGUUCAUUAUUCAAUGGCAAGAUGGCAGAUAUCAUUGGCAGAAGAUAUACAAUGUGGGUAUCUGCAUUGUUCUUCCUAGUUUCAUGGUCUACAAUAGCAUUUGCCAAGGUUCCAUGGUUGCUGGACCUUGGAAGAUUUGUACUAGGAAUUGCAGUUGGAAUCACUGUCUACGUUGUACCUGUUUACAUUGCAGAAAUCACACCUGAGAAGACUCGUGGCACAUUUACAUUGACUCAUCAGUUCAUGAUUACCUUUGGUUUUUCGCUAGCCUAUGCGGUGGGAACGAUCAUCUCGUGGCGAGCAUUGGCUCUACUUGGUGAUAUUCCGUGUCUGCUGCAUGUUGUGGGUAUAUUCUUCAUUCCAGAGUCUCCAAGAUGGUUGGCAAAGCUGGGGAAAGACAAAGAGCUAGAAGCAACUCUCAAGUACCUAAGGGGAAAUGCUAGUGCUGAUGAUGUUUCCCAAGAAGCACUUGAAAUUAAAGAGCACACAAAGCUCUUUGAGAGCCUUUCAGAGAACAGAAUCCAAGACCUGUUCCAGCACAAAUAUGCUGAUGCACUUAUUGUGGUUGCUGGACUAAUGGUGCUUCAAGAGUUUGGUGGAACCAAUGCAUUUUCAUAUUAUGCCGCUUCUAUAUUUGAAAUGGCGGGUCUUUCGGGUACUUUUGGGAUGGUAUCAAUUGCCAUUAUUCAGAUUCCAGCUACUAUAACAUCUGUCCUUCUAACCGAUAAACUAGGAAGGCGACCACUUCUUCUGAUAUCUGCAUUAGGGUUGUUCUUGAGUACCUUCUUGCUUGGACUUGCAUUCUUGUUACAGGAACUUGGCAAGUCUGGGACUAUUGUUGCCCUCUUGGCAUGUAUCGGCAUGUUGGGACUUCCAAUAGCUUUCUCACUAGGAAUGGCAGGGUUGCCGGGAGUUGUAAUGGCUGAGGUGUUUCCUAUAAACAUAAAGGGCACAGCUGGAAGCCUAGUAACAUUUCUCAAUUGGUCAUCAUCUUGGAUUGUUACAUACUCUUUCAACUUUGUUAUGCUGUGGAAUUCAGCUGGUACAUUUUUUAUAUUCACGGGGAUCUGGAUUCUCGGGAUUUUGUUUAUUGCAAGGUUUGUGCCAGAGACUAAAGGUCGGUCACUGGAGGAACUACAGACGUCGAUAACUCACAUCAUGUAGUCAUGAAGAAACAGGAUCAAAGUGAUUAUUAAUUAGAAUUAGUUUUUGAUACGUAAAAAGUUUUGUAACUAUGAAAUUAUGUCCAUUUUUUAAUAUAUGCUUCUGUAUCAUAUUAUUACAAACUUCAAAACAUAAAUAACUGAAUUAUCCGAAAUAUAAAAAUUUGAUCUUG